AUGGCUGCCAAGACGCUUAUCUCCAUGCUUGCCGCCGUCAGCUCCGCCGCGGCUCUGACGUGCCAAGUUGCUGGCGGCACCUCUGAUGAUUCCCCUGCUAUCCUGGCUGCGUUGAAGCAGUGUAACAAUGGCGGAACCGUUGUCCUUGACAAGACAUACACCAUCGGCUCCGUGCUUCAGACGGAGGACCUGUCCAACAUCGCCAUCCAGCUCUCCGGCACUGUCAGCUUGAGCACGGAUCUCAGCUACUGGCAGAAGAACUCCAUCCAGCUGACCUACCAAGAUGCUUACACCGCGUGGGCCAUCGGUGGUAGCAACAUCCACAUCUACGGCGGCGGUUCUUACAAUGGAGGAGGUGACGCAUGGUACGCGGCCGGCAAGACGGGUCCCAUCAUGUUGACCCUGCUCAACGCCAAGAAUGUCCUUGUUGAGCACAUCACCAUGAACAAGAGCCCCUUCUGGCACAACCUCGUCGAGGGCUGCACCAAUGUGACGUACAGCCACGUGAACAUGAACUCUGUUCAGACGAGUGGAAAGCAGGCCCAGAACACCGAUGGCUGGGACACCUACCGCAGCUCCCAGGUCACGAUCACCGACUGCACCGUCAUCAACGGCGACGACUGCGUCUCCUUCAAGCCCAACUCCACCGACAUCACCGUCAAGAACCUCUACUGCCAAGGCUCCCACGGCAUCUCCGUCGGCUCCCUGGGCCAGUACGCCGGCCAGGUCGACAUCGUGCGCAACAUCUACGCCAAGAACAUCACCAUGGUCAACGCGUCCAACGGCGCCCGCAUCAAGGCCUGGGGCGGCAGCGCCUCCCCCACGUCCACAUCAGGCGGCGGCACCGGCGUGGUCCAGAACGUCACCUUCGACACCUUCACCAUGAAGAACGUCGACCUCCCCAUCGUCAUCGACCAGUGCUACAUGACCUCCGCCGCCGCCUGCGCGCAGCACCCCUCGGGCGUCACCAUCAGCGACGUGCACUACAUCGACGUGACGGGCACCGGCGGCAAGGCGGCUGAGGUCGUGAGCAUGGUGUGCAGCGACGUCUGCCAGGAUAUCACCGCCACGGGCACGAAGCUCGUGGGCACGAAGGGCGGCGCGGAGUACAUCUGCAAGAACGUCGCGUCUACGGAUAAGUUGGACUUCCCCUGCAGCGCCACGGGCGUGACGGUCGGCGGCGGCACGACCAAGACUUCCAAGACUGCCAAGGCGACGGCUACCAAGAGUUUAGGUUGA